CGGUUUCACGCACACACAAGAGGGCGGCGGAAGAUUUUGCAGGUGAGGCCGGAAGCCGACCGAGCGCUGACUAUGUUCAGUCCCUCUGCUUCCGGCGGUGGAAGUGCGAACUCACCCGGCCUGUGUGAGAGGGAAUAAACAUGGCGUCCGUGUGGGAUGAGACCGAGCAGGAUGGGGUAGGACAAGAAGUCCUGAAGAUGUCCACAGAAGAGAUCAUCCAAAGGACCCGACUCCUGGACAGUGAAAUAAAGAUCAUGAAGAGUGAGGUUCUACGGGUGACACACGAGCUACAGGCAAUGAAAGAUAAAAUCAAGGAAAACAGUGAGAAAAUCAAAGUGAAUAAAACCCUACCCUACCUGGUUUCCAACGUCAUAGAGCUGCUAGAUGUUGAUCCCAAUGACCAAGAAGAAGAUGGCGCCAAUAUUGACCUAGACUCUCAGAGGAAGGGAAAAUGUGCAGUUAUAAAAACAUCCACCCGACAGACGUACUUCCUGCCAGUGAUUGGUUUGGUCGAUGCAGAGAAGCUGAAGCCUGGCGAUCUUGUGGGUGUGAACAAGGACUCCUACCUCAUUUUGGAGACCCUCCCAACAGAAUAUGAUUCCCGUGUGAAGGCUAUGGAGGUGGAUGAAAGGCCGACCGAGCAGUACAGUGAUAUUGGAGGUCUAGAUAAACAGAUCCAGGAGCUGGUAGAAGCCAUUGUUCUACCCAUGAACCACAAGGAGAAAUUUGAAAAUUUGGGAAUUCAGCCCCCAAAAGGUGUGCUCAUGUAUGGGCCUCCUGGAACUGGGAAGACACUCUUGGCCAGAGCAUGUGCUGCACAGACUAAGGCCACUUUCCUGAAGCUCGCUGGACCUCAGUUAGUUCAGAUGUUCAUCGGAGAUGGGGCCAAGCUUGUCCGGGACGCUUUUGCACUGGCCAAGGAGAAGGCUCCAUCCAUCAUUUUUAUUGAUGAACUAGAUGCUAUUGGAACAAAAAGAUUUGACAGUGAGAAGGCAGGAGACAGAGAGGUACAGAGGACUAUGUUGGAGCUUCUAAACCAGCUGGAUGGCUUUCAGCCCAACACCCAAGUGAAGGUAAUUGCUGCUACUAACCGUGUGGACAUUCUGGAUCCUGCACUGCUCCGUUCAGGGCGUUUGGAUCGUAAGAUUGAGUUCCCCAUGCCCAAUGAAGAGGCCCGAGCCCGUAUCAUGCAGAUCCACUCCCGCAAGAUGAAUGUGAGUCCUGACGUCAACUAUGAGGAGCUUGCGCGCUGUACUGAUGACUUCAAUGGGGCACAGUGUAAAGCAGUAUGUGUGGAGGCGGGAAUGAUUGCUCUGCGCAGAGGGGCCACUGAACUGACGCACGAGGACUACAUGGAGGGGAUAUUGGAAGUCCAAGCUAAGAAAAAGGCCAAUUUGCAGUACUAUGCGUGAACCCACAAUGAGGUCAAUCAGUGGGAAGUGCCACUGCUUGUUAUGUACGGACUGUUCACUUUAUGUUACAGAAGGAAAUAAACCAGACCUCUCUAACGGAACAACCUGCGCUCACUUUGGAGUUUUUGCUUCUAAAGGGAGUGUUUACUCAUUUAUUGAUUCUCUCCAUGGCCAAAUGCGAAACCAGAAAUCCUGUAAAUGUCAUUUUAUACGGUGAGUUCUCUGUCCAUGCGUCCUCGAUUAUUCUACUAAGGAAUGUGACCUGGGCCAAACAAGACUCUUCUCAUGGAAUAUUUUACUGGGAUUCUGUCUAUGGAAAUGUAGCUCUAGUUCUCAUCAAUGCUUUACCCAGUUUUAAAAUAUGACCUUCUCCUUCUCCUUCUGUUUGCAUUAAAGUAGAUCUCCAUGAAAGCAUACUUUUAUUGUUAAUGCCCCCCACCCCCAGCUAUGGGGGCUCUCUGUGGUUCAGGAAAUGUGAGGACCUGCUGCAGCCUGUAAGUGCAUUACAGCCAUGGGAAAUCGGAAAGUAAAUGCUCCUCUGUAAAAGGUUGUCAUUGCAGCUGAUUGGCUGUCUGUGUCUUGUCCUGUCCAAUCAGCUGCUUUGACCAGCACCUGGGCCGCAUUCAAUUCCAAGCUUGUUGGGAGCAGCAGAGGUUAUAUAACAGAUGGCAAGCCUCUUCCUGGGCAUGGUUUCAUGUUUUAUACUAGCUUAGGGGUAAGGUGCCAAUGGCUAUGAAAACGUAGUGGCACUAAUAAUGCACAAAAUAAAUAAACCUGUUUAAACUCAA